AAAUUGCAGCUACUGUUCCUAGCGCCGUCGGUGAUCCUCGUCCAGGGUUACGAGAAGAGCAACGAUCCGAACGACGAGCCUUUUCUACCGAUAUACCCAAUUUAUCCGUACAGUCCUAAAUUGAUUAAGAGGGGAAUCGAGAGCGCCCCGCAGUUGUCUACGGAGUUGUACACGCCGAAAGUCGACGCUAAGGACUCGUACAGCGCCAGCUUUAACUAUCCUAGAGAUCCUUACUACCCUAAUUACAGCACGUACUCCAAGGCUGCAUCGCCCUCCUCUUACGGGUAUUACGGUUCCGUACCGUAUUCGUACUCGACGCCGGCGGCGCCUUACAACGGUUACAGUGCGUACUCUGCACCGUACAACGUGCCAUCGCCGUCCUCUUACUCGCCGAUUCCUUACUCCGCCACUUAUCCUAAUUAUUAUUAUCAGCCUGCCUACUAUUACCCGGGUUAUUACAACAAACCUCCGUAUUCCUCGUUACCGCCACCGCCGCCGCCACCACCACCACCUGGCAGCGAUUACCACGGCGAGUCGUAUUCCGAUUCAGAAGGCAGCAAGGGUAAAGAGAGAAACUCUAACGGAGAUAAGAAGUACAGGGACGACAAUGGUAGUCAGUUCGUCGACGGUGGCAAUUACAUUUCCGGGAACCCGAGAGACCUCGACGUUCAACCGAGCACCUACAAGACGAGCAGUCCUAGAAAUCAAUUGGAGGAAACUGGCAAUGUGAAGAAUCUUCAGUUACCGUUGCCGAAAACGACGUACAGAGUGAUCAGCGUGGCUGGCCAGCCGGUGGGUCCUGAUUAUCCGUUGCCCGUGCCGUACCAGAAAGCUCAGCAGUUGGACGAGUUGAUGAGCCAUGCUUGGGCCAAGCUGUUGGUCCAGAACUUGCAACAAGUCGCUCUGAACGCUGCGAGCAAGGCGAACGAGGGUCAGUACGUCGAGCAGAACGAUCAGGGGAAGGAAGCGCGGUUCGCUUCCGUUGGUAACGGGGCUGCCAAGGGGUUGACUUUUAUCGUCAACCCGAAUCUGCUUGGGAAAUUGAACGGCCAGCAGACGGCUACGACGCAGCUGAAGAAGUAUCCGAUACCUGUGAAGGCGGGCGUGUACGCCGUGAAGCCUGAGAAGGGUCAAGACGAAUCGAACGAGUACGAGACUUACGAAAAUCCGCCACCUCAGGGCAGCCAGGAUUACGACGGCCAAUCCGAUAAGCAGCAGCAGAGUUACGAGAACGAGCAGAAUUAUCAAAAUCAGAACUUCGUCACGGCACAGACGCCGCAAGCGUACAGUUAUCAGUAUACUAACUACAAUGCCCCGCAGAUCAGUCAGCAGCAGGCGCAGCAGUAUAAAAAUAAUCUGGACGACGUGAACUUCAGUACUGACACCAAGAAGGGAUAA